CACCUGUCAAUACAGGUCCGACAAUGGGAGCCACAUAAUGUUUUUUCGUGGCGGUGAUGGCGUAGCUCGUCACAAACUGGGAACAUUACUAGGCCCUUCUUCCUGUGCUCUCCACAUCUCUCUCUGUCUCACUCUCACUCUCACUCUCACCGACACACACGCGCGCGCGCACACACACAGUCGCUUGCUCUGUCUUUCUCCGUCGCAUCCUUUCUCAAAUCUGCGCAGGUAAGUCCUAGACAAUUGAAGAUUAAAAAUGCCGGGAAUAAGAGGACCAUCUGAUUAUUCACAAGAACCACCUCGUCACCCAUGCCUUCAAAUUAAUGCCAAGGAACCCUUUAAUGCAGAGCCACCUCGCCCAGUCUUGAUUUCCUCUUACGUGACUCCUGUGGAUUUCUUUUACAAGAGAAACCAUGGACCGAUACCAAUAGUUGAUGACAUAGAAAAAUAUUGUAUUUCCAUUACUGGUCUGAUUGGAAAUCCCAAAAAGUUGUUCAUGAAUGAUAUUUUGAAGCUUGCAAAGUAUAACAUCACUGCCACUUUACAGUGUGCGGGUAAUAGGAGAACUGCAAUGAGCAAAAUCAGAAAGGUGAAAGGAGUUGGCUGGGGUGCUGCUGCUAUAGGAAAUGCUGUCUGGGGUGGUGCCAAAUUGGCAGAUGUUCUUGAACUGGUUGGAGUACCUAAGUUGACUGGCACCACACCAUCAGGUGGAAAGCAUGUGGAAUUUGUAAGCAUUGAUAAGUGUAAGGAGGAGAAUGGGGGUCCUUAUAAGGCAUCAAUCCCUUUAAGUCAGGCCACAAACCCUGAAGCUGAUGUUUUACUUGCAUAUGAGAUGAAUGGAGAGCCCAUUAACAGGGAUCAUGGCUAUCCAUUGCGUGUAGUUGUCCCAGGUUUCAUUGGGGCCCGUUCUGUUAAAUGGCUUGAGUCCAUCAAUAUAAUUCCCGAGGAAUGCCAGGGCUUUUUUAUGCAAAAGGACUAUAAAAUGUUUCCGCCAUCAGUUAACUGGGACAACAUCAAUUGGUCUACCCGGAGACCGCAAAUGGAUUUCCCCGUUCAGUGUGUAAUAUGUUCCUUGGAGGAUGUGAACGUGGUAAAGCACGGAGAGAUAACUAUUAAGGGAUAUGCAGUUUCGGGUGGUGGGCGUGGGAUUGAGAGGGUAGAUGUGUCUAUUGACGGUGGCAAAACCUGGAUGGAAGCCUCCAGAUACCAGAAAACUGGUAUUCCAUACAUUUCCGAUGAUACAAGUAGCGACAAAUGGGCAUGGGUGCUUUUUGAGGUUACGACUGAUAUUCCCUCGAUUUCAGAGAUAGUUGCCAAAGCGGUGGAUACGGCUGCAAAUGUCCAACCCGAAAAUGUUGAAGUCAUUUGGAACUUGAGAGGAAUACUGAACACUUCUUGGCACAGGGUACAUGUUCGGGUUGGUCACUCGAAUCUGUAGGCUUAAUACAAGAGAACAGUAUAGUAUAUAGAGUAUCUUUUUCAAUGUGAUGAUGCCUUUGGACUCUGGCUUUGUUUCUCAUGGGUGUAUUUUAAAAUUCUGGUAUUUAGCUAGACUCUUUUGAUUUACCAAGCAUUAAUACGGAUUACCUUUUAGUUGAAAGGUGCAAGAAAUGCAUUAUAUGCGUAUCACCAUGC